AUGGGAAAUCAACAAUCAGGGUUGCAACAAACAGAUACACAAGCAGUAACAUUCUCCAAAGAUACUGAAAGUGUAGAAAUUAGUGAUAGAUAUCUUGUAACAUUUCCACUUGAACUUAGACAGCUACCAAAUUUAAAAUAUUUAAAUCUUUCAAGAAAUAAAAUAACAAGGGUUGAUGGUGUUAGUGGAAUUCUAAAUUUAGAAGAAUUAGAUAUAUCUUACAAUGCUUUAACAAUUUUAUCAGAUGAUUUAUUUUUGUGUAAUAAAUUAAAUAAAUUAAAUUUAUCAUUUAAUCAAAUUAGUCAGAUCCAAUCACUUAUUCAACAAUUAAAACAAAUUAAACAAAUAAAUUUAUCAAAUAAUAUUAUAUCACAAUUACCAAAUGAAAUUGGGUUUUUAAAAAAUUUAACAGUAUUAAAUAUAUCAUUUAAUAAAUUACAAAAUUUACCAAAAACUAUUGGACAACUAGACAAUUUAACCAAAUUAAUUGCAAACAAUAAUAAACUUCAGUUAUUACCAAUAGAGAUAGGAGCAUUAUCACAGCUAACUUUAUUAGAUUUAGCAGAGAAUGAACUUAGAAUACUACCAACUCAAGUUUCUCAGCUAGGUUGCCUUACCAAACUUUAUUUGGACAAUAAUGAUUUCUUAGAGAUGAUACCAGAGAUUUCAAAACUUACUCAAUUAAAAGAACUUAAUCUUAGAAGUAAUCAAUUAGUUGAUUUGCCAUCAUCAUAUCACAAAUUAGUUAAUUUACAAAUUUUAGAUUUAGACGAUAAUCAAUGGGACCAUAUAGACUAUACUGUAAAUGACAUCAAAAGACUAUUGGAUUAUUUAAAAACUAAAAAGGACAUUGUAAAUAAAUCUAGAAAAUCAACUUCAAAGGAAUAUAGAAGAACAAUAACUCGUCAAAAAUUAGAAGAUAAAAAAAGAUUAAGUUUAAAUAAUUUAUUUGAAAAUAAUUUUCAAGUUAUUGAAUUUAAAAAAAAACUUUUACAAUUAAAAGGAAAAAGUAUUGUUUUUGUUAAAAAAGUUCCACUUUUAGUAGAUUCAUUAAAUACUGAAGAUAUUUUUAUUUUUGAUAUUGGUAAAAAGAUUUAUAUUAUAAAUGGUAAUCCAAAUUUAAAUCAAAGAGAAAGACAAAAAGCAGUACAUUUAUCAAAAUUAAUGAAAGAAGAAAGAGGUGCAGCAGAUAUUAUUUUAUUAGAUUUUAAAAAUUCAAGAAAAGAAGAAAUUAAUGAAUUUUGGAAAGAUUUUGGUGUAACUGGUCGUGUAAAUUUAAAGAAUAAGUCAAGUAAUAAUGAUGAUGAUGAUAUUGUUCAAGAAGAACAUAUAUUAGAAACCAAGUUAUUCAAGUUCUUUGAGCCUGAGGAAGGCAGAUUAGAUAUUCAAGUGUAUGCCGCUCAAAUACUCUAUAGAAAUAUGUUAGAUAGUAACUCUUGCUCAAUUUUAGAUACUGGUACAGAUAUUUAUGUUUGGAGUGGUCUUUAUUCGAGCGCUAAUGAAAAAUCCUGGUCAAUGUUAAAGGCUGAAGAAUUAAUUAGUCGUAGAUCUGAUAAUGCUGAAAUUCAUUGGCUCAUCGAAGGUAUGGAAACACUUUUAUUCAUUGAAUACUUUGUUGAUUGGGUCGAUAAUAGCUGGGAUCAAGAGUAUAUCAAAACUCAAAAUCAAAUUAAAGAAAGAGAAGAACAAGAAAAAUUAGAAGCUGAAAGAGAAAGAAGAAGAAUGGAAAAGGAAGAAGAAGAAGAAAUGGAAAAAAUGAAAAGAAGGUCAUUUGAACAACAACAAUUACAACAACAACAACAACAACAACAAGAAUUUGAACAGCAAAUAAAACAACAAAAACAACAAACAUUAGAACAACAAAAACAAGAACUAUCAUUUGCUGCCUCAACAUCUAUAAAUAACUCACCAUAUACUUUUACUCCAAUUAUUUCACCAACCCAAACAACAACAGCAAAUAAUAACUUUAUAAAACCAUUACCAUCAAUCGUAAAUUUACCUUCAAUUCCAUCUUCAAAUUACAACAAUAAUAAUAAUAAUUUAUCUGAAAGAGAAAAAAUUAAAGAAAGAGAAAAAGAAAAAAUAAGAGAAAGAUUAAAACAAAGAGAAUCAGGAGCAUCUACUUCACAAACCAAUUUAUUACAACCACAAAAAAUUUCACCUGAAGCUAGUCCAAUCUUACCCUCAAUUCCAAAAUCAAUACCCUCUAUUCAACUAGAAAAAGAAUCAUCUGUUAUUUUACCAUCAAUUACAAAACCUUUACCAAAAGAACCUGAUGUUGUAACAUUACCACAAACAAAACAACCAUCUCCAGUUAUUACACCAUCCCAACCAACUAAACAACCAUCUCCAGUAUUAUCACCAGUUAAGCCAUUGCCAAAAGAACCAACUGUUGUAGCAUUACCAAAAGUUGAACCAGUUAAACCAUUACCAAAAGAGCCAACUAAUGCAGUACCAUUACCAAAAGUUGAACCAGCCAAGCCAUUACCAAAGGAACCAACUGUUGUAGCAUUACCAAAAGUUGAGCCAGUUUCUAUUAAAAAAGAAACAAUUACCCCAACUGUUACAGUUAAUGAACAAUCAAUAUUUGAUGAUAAGAAUGGUUCUCAAACACUAGCCCCAUUACCAGAAAAAGCUGAAACAGCAAAGAGACAAGCUGCAUCAAGAAAUCCAAUCAGAGCAAGACAAGAAAGAGCUGCAUUAGAAGAAGCUGAAGCCAAAAAGAGAUUAGCUGAACAAGAGCAAAUGAAAUUAAAUAAUACUCUUAGUGUACCAGCCAAUACUAGUACUAAUAAGGCUUCAUCUGUUGCUAGUGCAUUAGGCGGCUUUGGUUUACUUUAUUCAGUUGGUGCUGAUGAAACAAUGUUUAAAAAGAGAGCAGAGAGAGCUGCUGCUGCUGCAGUUAACCCAGAACCAUUUUCUAUUAAUAUUCAACCAAAAGAUCAACCAAAACUCCUUCAUGUUAAAGGUAGACGUUCACCAUUUGUUAGACAAGUCGAACUCAGUUAUCAAUCUCUCAAUAAGGGUGAUGUUUUUAUUUUAGAUUGUGGUAAAGAAAAGAAUUUACUUUAUCAAUGGAAUGGUUCAGAAGCAAAUAGAAUAGAAAAAGGUAAAGGUAUGGAUAUUGGCAAGAGUAUUAAAGAUAAAGAAAGAGUAGGUUGUCGUGUAGUUAUUAUUGAUGAAGGUAAAGAACCUGAAGAUUUUUGGAAGGUUUUAGGUGGCAAAGGUGAAAUUGCAUCAGCUGAUACCGCCGGUGAUGAUAGAGAAGCUGAACUUAAUAUCAGAAAAUAUAUCAAUCUCUUUAGAGCUCAACCAAUUAAUGGUGAUAAGGAAUUAGACUUGGUACCACUCGAUGGUAGAUUAUCAAAAACAUUAUUAGAAGGUGGUGAAUGCUAUAUUUUAGAUUGCAUUAGUGAAAUGUUUGUUUGGACCGGUUCAAACUCCAAACUAAAGGUUAGAAAUAUGACAUUAAAAUUAGCAAAUGAUAUGUUUGCAAGUAGAAGUGCAAAUUGUUGGACCAGUGGCGCAGUACACCGUGAAUUCCCCGGAAGUGAACAAGUAUUAUUUAAAGAACGUUUUUCAGAUUGGGGUGGAUCAUUACCAAUUGCUAUGCAACAAGCCCCAGUUGGUGUUAAUACUGCAUCUGCAAAGAAACAAGAGAAAAUUGAUGUCGCUACAAUGCAUAAACCCAAACCAGAAAAAGAAGAGGUAAUGAUUGAUGAUGGUAGUGGUAAAUUAACAAUUUGGCGUGUUGAAGAAUUUCAAAAAGUUGCAAUCGAUCCAAAGAAUUAUGGCCAAUUUUAUAGUGGUGAUAGUUAUUUAAUUCUUUACACUUAUUUCUUUAAGAAUAAAGAUAACUAUUUAAUUUAUUUCUGGCAAGGUAAAAACAGCUCUAUCAAUGAAAAAGGUACCAGUGCUCUUUUAACAGUGGAACUUGAUGAUCAACUUAAAGGUAUGGCAAAAGAAGUUAGAGUAGUUCAAAAUAAAGAACCAAAACAUUUCCUCACCAUUUUCAAAGGUAGAUUUAUUAUUCAUCAAGGAAAAGAUCCACUAUCAAAAAAUUAUAAACCUCAAGCCAACAUUAAAGACCCACGUCUUUAUCAUGUUCGUGGUACAACAGACUUUAAUACACGUGUUAUUCAAUCUAAGUUAUCAACUUUAACAUUAAACUCUUACAACUCAUUCAUUUUAAACAAUCAAAUAAACAAUGGCACAAUUUAUAUUUGGUAUGGUAAACUUUCAAACUCAAUUGAAAGAGCAUUAGCAAAGAAAAUUGUACAAUCAACAUCACCCAAUCAAAAUGAUGGAGCAGGUUGUAAAGUAGUUGAGUUUGAAGAAAAUAAAGAAAGUGAAGAAUUUUUCAAACUUUUAGGUGGUCGUAGCAAUUAUCCACUUUCAAAAAUUACAUCAAGAGUAGAACCACGUCUUUAUCUCUGUACAGUCGGUACAGGUGUAUUUGUAGUCGAAGAGGUUAAUUCAUUCGCUCAAGAUGAUUUAUUACAAGAAGAUGUAUUUAUAGUUGAUGGUAUUGAUAAUAUUUUCGUUUGGAUUGGAACAGAAACUACUGAAGUCGAACGUAAAUCAUCAAUGGAAGUAGCAAUGGAAUAUUCAGCAACACUACCAGCCCCAAGAAAACAAAAUGUACCAGUAUAUCUAACCUAUCAUGGCAAAGAACCAUUCAUUUUUACAUCAUUGUUCCAUGGUUGGGAUUUCUCAAAACGAAUUUUACCAACAUUUAGUUAUGAUGGUGAAUUAACUUUAGCUAAAGAUGUUUUAAACCUUUACACUAAAAAAUAUACAUAUGAAGAAAUUGUUAACAAGAAAUAUCCAAAAGGUAUUGAUGGUUCACGUUUAGAAGAAUACUUGGAAGAAGACGAUUUUAAAAAGAUAUUCCAAGGUUUAACUUUAGAAGAAUUCCAAAAAUUACCACUAUGGAAAAAACAAACUUGGAAAAAAGAAUUAAGAUUAUAUUAAAUAUUUUAAAAUUAUAAAAUUUAUAUAGAAAAAAAAAAAAAAAAAUAAUCACAGUAAUUAAAACAAAAUAAUAUAACAAAAUAAAUUAAUAAACUAUUUAUAAAUUUUUUUUUUUUUAAAUCC